AUGCACGAUGAUCCUCCGAUGGCUUUUUUCGGUGUCUCUAAUUCUGGGAUUUACUACGGCAUGCCGGUGGCCAUCUUCAGAUGUUCUCGAGAGCUCGAUUUUGUUGCUGAGGCGAUCGAUCAAAUGGACGUCUCGGCAUCAGGAAGUCGAGUAUCACUCGCCAUGUUCAAUCCUAUGGUAAACUCCAUUGCCAAAUUUGCGCUUUCCCAAGGCAAUCGCCGCUCAUCACCCGAUGUCAUCGUCGUCAUUUCUGGCUCAAAAUACCAAAUUCCGGAAUUGCUUGAAAAAGAGGUGCUGCUCUCUCCAGUUUCUCCCAUCCACGCUUUCUAUAUUCUGGUCGGUUCUUCAUUUCCGGAUGUUGCUGACCAACGCUAUGAAGCUACGGCAAACACGCUAAAGUUAACAGCCACUGGCUUCGAUGUUCUUCCCAAACUCAAUUUACCGCUAUGCCAAUCGGUGCGCGAUUUCGUUGGCAGAGGUGAUCUUGCCCAUCCAAUGGCUUUUGGGACAUUAUGCUGGAUCGUCACAACACUAUUAUUCAUCGUUUUUCUUCUAAUUUCCUGCUGUUUAUUCUAUGCCAUUUAUGUCUACAGGGAAGAUAAUAAAAGGCUAAAGUACGUGAUAGCGGAAAAGGAGCGAGAUUUGCGGAAGCAGAAUGAGUACUUUACAGCCCGGAUACAUCGUCAGAUGGAAGAACAGAUGAGAUUGGCAGAGAGGCAUAAGGAGGAUAUAAAGAAGGCAAAUGAGGAAUUACAUCAUGUGAAGGAAAAGGAAAAGUUACGCAAUGAAGCUGUAAAAGCAGCGGAAGCAGCCUCAAAACCUCGCGAACAACCCCAACCCAUCAUCAUCUACGGACAACCUAUGAUGGAAAAUAAUGAAAAACGAUCCCAAAGUCGUGAUUCUCGAGGACAUCGUAGACGCCCAAAUUCACGAUGGCGUACAGCCUUCGACCCGCGUUUCGAUCGUCAUAUGACGCCGAAUUUCGACGAAUUUAAGAAAUGGUGGCGAGACCCGGAAGGGCGAUUGCCGUUGAAUUUUAAGGAAUGGAGAAGAGGGCGACCCCAUUCCGCACGAACGAUAGAUGAGAUUAAGCAACCUGUGGCUGGUUCGAGGCCUGGGACAAGUCAGGGAGAACCAGCUGAACCGGAUCCGGAGAUUGUGGCCCGUGAUGCGGGAAGACGUGAAAAAGAAGAUAAAAAGCGACGCUGGGAAGAAUGGAGAGAGAAACAAAUUCAGCAUGGCAGCUGGAAACCAGGAGACUACGAUCGCUUGAGGAAAGAGAUUGAUGAGGAUGGUAGUGAGCAUCCCAGUACGGAUAGUGAUUAUUCGAUCCCCGUUGGACAUUUGUCUAGGGAUCAUCCGGCUCGUCAUCUUCCACCUGUGGAUAUCAUUUUCUUAAUUGACACCUCAAGUUCAAUCGGGAUUCAGAAUUUUGAGAAGAUGAAAUCAUGUAUCGAAGCUAUCGUCCAAGAUGUUGAUGUAGCGCCCGGGAGAUCCCGUGUAGCCGCCGUGCAAUUUGCAGGAGAACCACAAGUCGUUUUUGGUUUCGAUAAGUACUUUACGAUUCAGAGUAUACAGCGAGCUCUAAACCGAAUAAUCUACACUGGAGGCCCGACCCACCUCUCCAAAGCGUUGAGUUUUUGCGCGGGGGUACUGUGGAAAGAGCAGAAUAUGGCGGAUGGAAAACAUCGAAAACAUAAAUUGGCCAAGACUCCGAGGCAUGAUCGGCUACAGGUGCUUUGCGUAGCGUCUGAUGGAUCGUCGGAAGAUAAUGUGGCAAAAUCAACUUCGAUGUUGCAUGAGAGAUUACAGAUAAAAGUAUGUGCCCUCGUCACGAGAGCCUUCCAUCGCCAAAAACUAGAAGAAAUUACCCGAUUCGACGGUGCCAUUUUUGUUGUAGGCCAAAAAGAAGCCGUCAAUAUCUGGCUAUGGCGCCAACAGCGUCUCUGGUGGGAAACGUACUCCAAAUACCUGGCAAAGGAGCGGAAAGAGCCGCUGAGCAGCAAGCGAAGUCCCAAGAAAACUGCCCGUCCCGAG